CCGCCUUGACAGGUACGAUUGUGUGGCGAACAAGAGGACCAUGGCGACCGACCGAAGACGCCACUCCAGUUCGUUCCGUUUGUGGCGUUUAACGUGAUGCAAUGCUCUUGUGUUGUGAACGUAACGGCGCCCACGACAGCUACAAACACCGGCACACGGAGCAAGGCCGGCGGAAGGAGCCCACGGAUGUGGCCGAGCUUCAAAUUUAGCUCGCCGUGAGCCGCUCGCCAUUGUUUGAGUUGUUGGCUAACAUGGCAACCACGGCUAAAGGUUAGCAGCCUCGGCUAAAGACGGCCAUCGCCUCCUAAGUAUUAACGGUGUGGUCAUCCCAUCACAUGAUGUGUGACUGUUCCAAAGUCAGGAAGUCGAACCUGUCCCUCUCUCCCUCAGCUUGGGCCACACCCUCACGUUGGCUGUUUUCCUAAAGUCCUUGUCACCCUGCCCCCAAAGGAAAACCCUGAAUCGAGAUGACCGACAGGAAGGAGCCGCCCUUCUUCAAUGACGACCGAGUGGGUGCUUUUCACUACAAGCUUCCUCUCUACGAUCCCAUGGAGCUUUUCAUCGAGACGUUGACUGGGACGUGUUUCGAGCUACGAGUGUUGCCCUUUGAGGCCAUCAUUUCAGUCAAGGCCAAGAUCCAAAGACUUGAAGGCAUCCCAGUUACCCAGCAACACCUCAUUUGGAACAACCUGGAGCUGGAUGAUGAACACUGUCUACACGAUUAUGGCAUUGCAGGGGGCUGCACUUUGAAGCUGGUCUUAGCUAUGAGGGGAGGUCCAAUCAACACCAGAAGGGUAACCGUGGAGGACACCGUCAAAGACAUGGUUGAGCCGAUGGAGGGCACAAAGGAGGAGGGUUGGGAGAAAAGCUUGGCCAGCAAACAGGUCACGUUUGUGGUCUAUCGUGAGGGCGAUCAACUCAACUUCUUCCGAGUGGUUGACAGGGGAGAUGGUUCCCUGACUCCUCUGUCAGAAUCUCUCAGUGGCGGCUCAGUGUACAACAUGUGUGCUGAGGAUGGUGAGCGUUCUGCAGCUGCUCAGCAAAGCCUUGAAAAUUCAAUCACUAUGAACAAAAUGAAGCUGCUCAAGGCCAAGAUGGAAGACAUGAACCUUAACAAGAAGCCGAAGAAGUCGAGUAAGGCAAAGCCACGGCCACCAGUCCCUCCAGCGCCUUCCAGCACACGUCACCACCAACGCCUCCUGCGCUCCCUCCCUCAGAUCAAUAAGCCUCUCCAGUCCAAUGGCCAACUACCUCCAAUAGCGGACCAAGAGCUCCUAGAUCCCUUUCCGCCCCCUGCUGCUGUGGCUGCUUCUUCCUACUUGUCCUUCCCUCGACGUCCGCCUCCCUCUGUCCCCUCGCCUUCCUGCUUUAUGCUACAGGAGGAGGAGCCGUGGGAGACGUGCCCGCCGUUCACAAAAAUCCGCCCCCCUCCCAAAGUAUCCCGCCUGGACAUUGGCAGCACAAGGUUGAUGAGGGAUUGUGUGUACCCUCAGCUCCCCCCGCUGUGCACCAGAGGCUCACCCGACGCCGCCUUUGACCCGGUGAAGCCGGUCGCAGAGGCACUUGGGAUGAGGUUAUUGGAAGAAGGGCUGGUGGCGCCGCCGCCAACCGCAUUGUUUGGGGACCCUCUGAGUCUGGAUUUGUCCGCUCAGCCCGAGGAGGCUUGUCAAGCCUUUGAGGUUGGGGCGCAGCUGUCCCCCUCCCCACUCAGUGCUUGGACACUCGGGCCCCGUGGUGACACCCUGACCAGCAGAGCAGAUGUAACGCAGCUUAGCACUUCAUUCCAUUUAAGCCCCCCGUCGCCGUCACCUGCCUCCAGCUCCCUGAAACCCCGUUUGCAACCUUUUGACUCCGUGGUCGCCCUUCAAGCACAAGUAAAACAAGGCAGUUCAUCAAGUCACCCAGCGCGCCUUCACGGUGUUAAAGUGGAUUCACCGAGCAAGAGGCCAGAGCUUCUAUCCAAGAGGGAAGCCAGGUGCAUCACGAAGAUGGCGAAUCAAGCUUGCAGAGAGCAACUGGGCGACUCUGAGCUUCUUUCUGCAAGGCCCGUAGACGGCCACAGUGGAAGGAGAGGAAUGGGGGCGCCACUGGCUCCUGCUACUACCAUAGGACAGAGCAUCCUCGGCUCCAGUCCGCCAGGACCCCUCCAGGAUGAUGCAGCGCGGCAAACGUCAUCUUUGCACCGAGUGGCAGCCUUGCACACGAUCAACAAAGGUCUGGCACCAGGUAGGGGAGUCCCGUCGCCAUUUGGGAGGAUAGGAACUCCGACAUACCACCUACCUCCGGUCAAGGCCCCUACAGGCACCAAGAAAAAGAGUUUCAAUCACUGCUUCCUCUGUGGCAAGAAGACUGGGCUGGCCACCAGCUAUGGGUGCAGGUGCGGUAGCAACUUCUGCGCCACUCACCGCUAUGCAGAAACACACGACUGCUCUUACGACUACAAGAGCACGGGGAGACGAUUCCUGCAAGACACCAACCCUCUCAUCAGCGCUCCCAAGCUGCCUAAGAUCUAGAAUCUUCCAGCGUCUCCUGUUAAAAGGACACAUUUUUAUAAAGCUUCCAGACUUUUGACGGACUAAAUGGAAGGGUCUUACUCACCAUUGUGUGCUUUGUCCCUCCACAGUCAAGUUGACUUCAGACUGAAGUUCAGAAAAACAUGAGUGGAUCAAGUGAAACCUUUUCUCAUGCAUGGACGUCGGGUUAUGUCAAAUGUCUGCCGCAUGUUCCGACAAUUUCCAUUUUGGCAGCCUUUACGGAAAAACAAUAUAGAACCGCUGAUUGAUUUUUGCUCGGACACGUUUGGACCAGUUGCACUUUAGAACAUUUGUAUUAUUCCGAUCAUGAGCUGAAGGAUCUUUUUAUCGCCAUUUCUGUGUUGUCGUCUUGUCUCACUACUUGUGCACAUAUAGUUUUCCUUAAAAGAGAACAACAAGUUAUUUAAAGUCAAGUUUGAAUUGCUAAUGUUUGUCGGUGUGAAUGCUGUAAUGUUUUAACUGUGUAUGGUAUUGGGGGUUAGCUAAAUGUCAGUUUUAGUACGGACGCCAUAAGGAUCUUUUCUGUCUUUUUUACGCUAUUGAACGCUGUGCUCAUUUUUGCGGGGCUUGGAUCUAAUAAAUUUCUUUUCCAUACUUAA